AUGGUGAAAAGAAGAAAAAGAUAUGAAUCGGAGCAAUUUGCGAGCAGUAGUAAGCGCUUCAAGAGUGAACUGGUGUUGCAUCAAGGUGAUGUCGAGAAUUCACUCCCUAAGAAUAAUGUUUUGGAGACCAUAUAUGGCCGAGAAAAGGAAGUGGCUUUGCUAGAAAAGUUUUUACAUAAAGGCAUAAUUAAUCGGUGUCCUGCAUCAAUCUUUGUUUCUGGACCACCAGGUACUGGUAAAACUUUGGCUGUCAAAACACUCCUGCAGCAUAUGUCGUCACAGUAUCAUGUUUAUUUCACAUAUAUUAACUGUGCUUCGGAAAAUACUGAACGGGAUAUACUAACCGCUAUGUUAAACGGUUAUAGUAAAUGCAGCAAAAGGCUUCCCAUGAAAAAAUUGCUUAUGGAAUUUCACAAGUUGCUUGCGAAAAUAAACAAACAUAGUAUUGUUGUACUCGAUGAAGUAGAUUGCAUAAGACUGAAAGAUCGUGAUUUUGUUUGUUCGAUGUUUCAGUGGCCUCUCAUUUAUGAGAAUGUUUCACUUAUCGGUAUUGCUAAUACAUUAGAUACGAUGGAAUUAUUGAAGCAAAAAUUGAAAUCUGUACCAGAACUGAUUAUUUUUGCUCCGUACACUGAAGUCCAACUACAGGUUAUAUUGUCAAAGAAAUUGAAAUCCAAGAACGAUGGGGAUGCGAUCGAACUUUGCGCUCGAAAAGUAGCUGCGAUAACAGGAGAUGCACGAAAAGCAGUGCAGGUUGCGCGACGUUCCCUAUCGAUAGAUUUAGCAAAUGGAAAUACUUGUCGCAAUGUCUUUGGAACGCUAGGUAGUGUUUAUGGUUCUCCGUUGCUGCAAGUGAAAAUACCACUACAGCAAAAGAUACUUCUGGCAGCGAUGCUUCGUCUCGCUGGUAAUAAUUCGUCCACAACAGUUGAGAAGGGUUCUCUGCUGUCGGCUUACAAGAAACUAUGUAAACUCUUAUUACUACCAUCGCUUGAAAUGGAUGAAAUACACGAAGCAUUAUCAUUACUCGAGUCUCAGUCGAUUUUGAAGUUGAAACCUUCCUCAUGUCAGUUGCUCGUUGAUAAAACAGUAGCCGGAAAAAUAAUUGCCGAUUCUUCACUGCUAUCACAGAUUAAUACAAUUUGUUUAGAUGAGAAUAGCAUAAAUUAA